AUUGGAUUGUCCUUGAACGUCAGAGUCUUUCCUUGAGCGUUCUCAGCUCAUGCGAAUAAGUUCAUUCACUAUAUAUUGUCAUGGUCGUAUAGAACCGCUUAUAUAAAUGCUAUUUCAAGAACAAGAUUAACAGAAACAUUUCGUCAAACAUGUCGAAAACUAGCGGAAUCGUCGUUGUGGCACUGAGCACGUUUUUCGUUCUCGCAAUAGCAAACGAUUCUACGACAAAUGAAGGAAUAAUUGUUAAUGCACCGGUUGGAAAAAUUCGUGGUACGAUUUUAACAUCGAGAUUAGGCAAAGAAAUCUAUUCGUUUAGAAAUGUUAUAUACGCCGAGCCACCAGUCGGAGAAAAAAGAUUUAAGGCUCCAAUUCCGGUAAAAGAUUGGGAUGGUAUAUACGAUGGUACCCAAGAAGGACCUGCUUGUAGUACCUUAAGUGAUACACCCAUAUCCGAGGAUUGUUUGCGUUUGAAUGUUUACACGACUAAGAUACCAACGAAUAAUGCAAAAGGCAAACAUUUCAAAGGGCGCCCAGUUAUCGUUUAUUUCCAUCCCGGUGGUUUUUACUAUUUCUCUGGUCAAUAUCGAUUCUAUGGACCAGAAUAUAUGUUGGAUAAGGACGUUGUCUUGGUGACGUUGAACUUUAGACUGGGAAGUUUAGGUUUCCUUGCCACAGGGGAUUCCUAUGCACCAGGAAAUGCUGGUUAUAAAGAUCAAGUUGUAGCACUUCGUUGGGUCCAAAGAAACAUUGCAGCAUUUGGAGGUGAUCCGAACUCUGUUACUAUAGGUGGCACGAGUGUUGGAGCUAUCAGCGUGUUGUUACACAUGAUAUCACCGAUGUCGAAGGGUCUAUUCCACAGAGGAAUCGCGAUGAGUGGUUCCUUCGUAGGAACAGGACCUUAUACACAAGAUCAGAAAGACUUGGCGAUAAAACAGGCAGAAUUUUUAAAUUGUCCAACAAGCACAACAAAAUCAAUGAUCGAUUGUCUUAGAUCGAAACCAAUCGAAAGUUACACUAAAACCAUAUCACGAUUCUUCGAAUUGUCUAUUGGAUAUCCCGAUCCCAUGGGUAUAUGGGGAGCAGUUAUUGAGCCAGAAAUAGAUGGUUCUGAAAGAUUUUUAACUGGUCAACCUAUUGACUUAAUCAGAGAAGGCAAAAUCAACGAAGUUCCUUUAAUCAUAGGUACUACUGCAGAAGAAUUUGGUGGACAGGUCGUCGCUAUCGAUGAAAAAGUACGAAAUGGAAACAAUUCAGUGUUCGAUCUUUUAAAUAACGAUUGGGAUACCGUAGCACCGAUCAGUCUUAUGUACGAAAGAGGUACAAGUCGUUCGAAAUAUAUUAGUGACGAAUUAAGAAAAUUCUAUUUCGGCAAUCAACCAAUCGGUCGAAAUUCGUAUGAUAAUAUAGCUCACAUUUAUAGCGACAGGGUUAUCGUAUUCCCAGUACUUCGUGCAGCUAAACUUUAUUCCGAAAAUAGCAAACUUCCAGUCUAUUUCUACAGAUUUUCAUUCAGUGGACGUUACAGUUUCGCCAUGUGGAAUAAUACAACCCCAUACAAAAAACCUGUACACCACGAUGAUCAACAAUAUUUAUUUACUAUGAAUGCCAUUUUUCCUUUUUACAAUGGUUCUGAUCCAGAAGUUCCAAUGAUCGAACGUAGUACUGCAAUAUGGUCAAAUUUCGCACAUACUGGUGAACCCAUUCCAAGGAAUAACGAAUUGUUUAAAAAUGUCGUGUGGGACAGAUUCGAAACGUCGAAGGAUAAUUAUUUAGACAUCAAUCUAAAUCCCACGAUGAAACAGGGUAUCUUUCCUGAAAGAAUGGCUUUAUGGGAAAGAUUGUUCCCUUUGCCACCACAAACUUGUACAUCCGAUAUUAAUGAUCGAACCAAAUCUUAAAAUUAAAGCUAUGAUACAAAUAUUCUAAUACAUUUCAUAUACGUAUAUGUAAUGGUUUUUCUUUUUGUUCGAUUUAGAAAAAUAAAAAAUUCUGCUGUAUGUGUAUGA